AUGGGAAAGCCUCAUUUGAGGGAAAACGCUUGUCCAGGUACGAGAAAUUCAUCAAGAAUGGUGACACUUGCUGUGCUUGAUAGAAAUCAUUUUUUGGAGUACUAUGGGAACAGAAGUAUUGAGGAUAGAAAUCACGCCUGCACCAUGAUGUUUAAUACACUCAAUCAGAGCUCUUAUGACUCAGAGUGUAAUCAGGAUGGACAGGAUUUUUUGAGACGAGUUCCAUGUCCAAAGAAUCAGCUGUGCCCCGAUGAGGAUUUACGCUGGAACGUAAUAAAAAAUCACCAGUUCACCUACGUUAUUCAAGAUCUUCUCCAACCGAGAUUUUGGUACAUGAGUUUUGUCUCUUGCUAUCGCAACACUAAAACGUGCCAGUGGGAAUGGUUCAAUGAGAGCCUGGACAUUGAUUAUGAUAUUUGGCUGGUCAAUGGAAAUCCAAAUAACAGUGGAUUCAAUAGUUUGACGUAUCAAUUCUCGUACGAUCGACAGAAUACGAUCGAACUCUAUUUAUUAUUUUUCCUCUGUUACAUUAUCCUGGUACCGCUACAACUGUACGCAGUGCGACUGCAGAGACAUCCUGUUACCAGAUUAUUUACUGCUAGUUUAUUGCUGGAGUUUAUAGCCAUUUGUUUAAUUCUCAUACACGUUUUGAAAUUUGCACUUGAUGGUGUUGGAUAUGAGCAGCUGGAAGUUGCUGGUGAUAUUUUUGAUAUUCUGUCGAGAACAACAUUCAUGUUACUUCUUCUCUUGCUCGCCAAAGGCUGGGCUGUUACGAGAAUCGAAUUGACGUGGAAACCACUUGUAUUUCUUAUAUGGUUUUGCUACGGUGUUGUACAUAUUUUGCUCUACGUCUGGAACAUGACUGAAGUGGAUAUCGUGGAGGACAUAGACGAGUACCAAACCUGGCCAGGAUGGUUCAUCCUUCUAUUUCGUAGUGUCAUCAUGAUUUGGUUCUUGUUCGAACUUCGUAAUACAAUGACGUACGAGCACAAUACCCAGAAAUUAAAUUUUUUACUUCACUUCGGAGCAUCUGCACUCGUGUGGUUCAUAUACUUGCCAAUUAUUGCCCUCAUUGCAUUGCAAAUAAGUGCACUGUGGAGGUUUAAACUUCUGCUUGGAAUAACUUAUUCUGCGGAUUGUUACGCUUAUUGUGUCAUGGCUCAUUUACUGUGGCCAACAAGAAGUGAACAGUAUUUUCUACUGGCACAAGGUACUGAUAAUGGUGAUGAACUCGAUGAGUUUAACGAGGCACCACAUGUAUUGAAUAAUUAUGUGGAACCAGAACUCAAUAAAAUAAUAGCUUAAUUAAAAAUCAUUGGAGAAUGAUACUAAUACGAAUGAUACUAAGAGUGAAGACACCAAUUUUAUUGUCCAUAACUCCUAAAUUUCAUUGAGGACGACUCCACAGCAGAAUACAAUGGAAAUAUUGAACAAAAAAAAA